GUACAAGUACCUUCGUACAUACAAUGACAGGAAAUGUCGGUCGUGCUGCGUUUAUUUGCCUUGCAACAACACAGUGAAAAUCGGACCUGGGUAAGAACAAGAAGACGAGUAUUUUUACAGGCAUCGGUUGUUUUGUUGUGGUGAAAGGACACAAUUUCGUUUGGCAGAAACCGCAAUCUCAAUUGCGGCUUUCGGUAAAGAGAUUUUGCAUUUUUUUCCUCAUGUCGUGACGGUCGGAAGAAGAAGAACUAGUAGUCGUUUAUCGUUUCGAUUGCAAGAUGAAUUCCAUCCAUCGGCAAAAAUUCGUCCACUUGCGUCUAGUUUCCAAUUUCACGACGCCCGCAAAAUUUCGUACUGCGGCUAGGACCACUGCUAGGGUCGUGUAGGUAGCUGCCUCCUCAUUGUGUUUCUACAUCAAAGUAAGUGCAGAUUGCGUGGCGACAGUGCUGUCAUAAUUUGCUCUCCCCAUAUACAAUUUAAGUAGAUUUCUGACCUCUCAUCUUUUGUAAAAGGGCUUUAUCACCAGCUCUUCUUACAACCUGAUUUAAGUCGUUUCCUUUGGUUUUUUUCUUCUACCCAAGAGGAUACGAACAACUCUGGUCGAUUUCUCCAGCGAAGAGCCAAAAAGAACAAUGUCGUCCCCUUCAAUCAAAGUGCACCCGCCACCCCAGUCCUCUUCCGCCGGGCCGUCCAGCGGGCCCCUGCCCACGCCUGGUCAUGAGGGUCACCACGCCGGCCAGGGCAGCUUCCACAAGGUCGUGCCCCCGCUGCCGGUCAGCCGGGAGCAGGUGGAGAUCCGGCGGUCACUGACGCCCCGUCGGUCGCGGUCGCCGCGCCGGGAGGAGGAGGAGGACAUGAAGAAAAAGUUUAACUUGCCGAAGAUGUGUAUGGAUCUGUCAGGAUUGAAAUCGUCAAAGUUGAAAUAACUUGUAAUGCAUAUUAAAAUGCGAUACAAAAAGUGACUCUAUUGCAGAGGACGCAAGGAAGGCAGAUUAUAGUCCUGGUAAGGGUCAACAGUUGGACUGCUGACUAGCAUGACAGAAGGCAGCUCUUUUGCCCUAAACCGCAUGACAGACUCGCUUCCAGAACCGGGAAAAUUUGCCAUGCACCGAUUACAAACUGCAGGUCUAACUGGCAUCCAUUUUAUGCAUGACAAAGUAUUUCAACUUUGUCGAUUUCAAACCUGACACUCUCAUAAUGUGGGAGCCGAAAUUCCCGCCGCGCGAGCGGUUGAUGAGCCUGGUCACCGACAACGGCGUGUCGCCGGUGCUCCGCGCGCAAAUCCCGGAGUACAGAAAAACGCAGCUCAGCCCCAAGUCCAGGGCAAUCAACGGGUGGAGAAACGCGACAGGUAUACAUUCCCGUUAUUGGUUUUGGUUUUGCAUGGAUUAAUUUCUAUUGCUGUUUGUCUAAGUAGUUUUCACGCUAGCCUUUCGAUGCUGGAUACUGAUGAAGGAAGGGCAACUUGAUCCUGAUGACGGAAAUAAACUGCUCUCUAGUGCUAAUCGUAGUCAGCGUCAUCUUGAUCAUUUGACCACGUCGCCACUCUGUUUGCUAAAAAGUUGUCAGAUCUCAACACUCCCACCAUGACAGACGGCUCUGUGUCUACCGAGCGAUCCAAGUUGAUUUCCGACAUCCUUUCCCGGUGGUGGUACGUCUUUCCCCAGUGGCCCCCACCGGACUUCGACUACUCCCGGGCGCUGAGAAAACAGGGGUUGCGGGAGGUCCCCAUUCCGGAAUUUCUGAACGCGCCGGAGAUCGACCCGCAAACGCAACUGAAGAAGGUGUACCAGCUGGGCAACUUCCGCGGGCUGUUCCGCGAUUCCAAUAAUCACAUGCACGACAUGCGGCCCAAGGAUUCCUGCCCAAGCUACGUGAACCUUGCGAAGAGGGUAUCGUCCGGGGAACUGAGACCACUGCUCCCCCGACAACACUUCUGCCUGAUUUUUGUGCUGCUUUCUUGCAUUCAUAAAUUCUCAUUUCCAGAAGAGAAAAGGCUAGAUGUGCCUUGCAUGCUUCUUGACUUGUUUCUCCGGAACAAGGAAGUGUAUUCGACGUCCUAACAUGCUGCUCAUGAUCGUGCAGCUACAGGUUGGAGUAUUUGCAAGUAGUCUGCUUGCUUCUUGCUCUUCGGGUGCUUCUUGCUCUUUUACUUCUUACCCUCGAGAUGAGGAUGAAGAUGAUGAUGAAUCAAAAAAGCAGCACAAGCACGAACGUAGAGCUCUCAGGCAGAGAUUUCUUUCCCUCCACACCCCCCGUGGCAGGAGCUGUGCCAGUUUGCGGUUCGUGCGGUGGAGAACCAGAUGAUCGCGCUGAAGCAGGAAAAGGGGGCGAAAUGGGAAAAGGUGUACGCGGAUCUGCAAGAGAAGCUGAAGGUCUACCGCGGGUACCUGUCGGGUCAAAACAAGAAGUCCGGGGCGCUGCAAUUGUCCAAAGACGACGUGGCAAAGCGGUUGCGGAAGGCGUGAAGGUGGGAGUUUCAUUGCAAGGAGAUGUUCAGUAUUUUUGAGGUGAACUGGUCGUGUUUUGCAAUCGCGCUCUUUCGACAUCAUCGAGAAGCUCCCUGCAGUAGACAGAUUUUUAAAGUUUAAAUAGUACUUAAUCCCUUUUCUAUCACAGGAUAGCACCUACACUAGUGUCAAGUUUUCUGCUUCUCAUCGCAGCUCUGUGUGUAUGAAAAUCGAUACUAGUGUAGUUAUGGUAGGAGAUUUUUCAGCUGCAGUGAUUGAUAUAGCCCUCAAUAUCGUAGGUACAACCACCCUGGAUGAACAUCAGCGUUUUACCCCACAAUAUUUCAAGCUCUUGUAAUUUCUUCCACUGAAGUCUGGCUUUGCUUUAUGAAUUUGAAAAAUACCCGGCGCUCGGAUUUUUUCAAGUUCAUAACUGUAAUCGAGCCGCUCUCCAGCUCUCUUUUUGUACUAACUUCCGACACGCAUUCUGAAGAUUUACAACUAGUAGUUUUUUUAACAUCCUAGUCGUCUCGCUUCUAUUUUCUUGGUUUUUCGAUUGCUUGCUUCGAUGGAUCUGGGGUAACAAACACGAGAAUGAUCAUGUAAGCAAUUCCGAGAAGAAGUCGGCCUCAUGCCUGACUGUCGAUUUGAUGUUGCUAUGGGCGGCCCCGUAGUUCGUUGUAAGCGAGACUGCAGCGACGGAAAAUUUUUUUUGGGCGAUAAGACCAAGAGGCGGUAGCGGGACCACUAUUAUGACGCAGUCCGCGAUGCAGCGGAGUUCUUCUUC